AUGUUCAGCAGGUUGAAAAAGUUGAUCGGGGCUCCUGAGCUGCCCUCUGCUCAAGCUGCUGCUGCUGCUGCUGCUGCUGCUACUCCCCCUGCCCCGGCUCCACCUGCUAAGGACGAAAAGCCCCCUGAAAAGAAGGACGAGAAAGAGGAGCCAAAGAAAGAGGAGGAGAAAAAAGAGGAGGAAAAGAAAGACGAAGUGAAGAAAGAGGAGGAGGCCAAGAAAGAAGAGCCAACACCAGCUCCAGCUCCAGCGCCUGCCCCGGCUCCUGCUGCUGCACCUGCACCUGCACCUGCAGCUGCUCCUGCUCCUGCUCCUGCUCCUGCUCCUGCUGCAAGAGGGGAACAAGCUCCGCCCCCACCUGUGGUCUACUUCCGCACCACAGAUGACACCCUCCGAGGUUUGAUCAAGACCUUAAGAGACCGAACAGCAUUGCUCAGAGAAAAAGCAGUUGACCCAUACGCAACCUCCCCAGAGGUCAGCCCUCCUGUCACUCCUAUUCUGAGGAAGGAGAACUACAUCAAACUGAAAGAGGAGGAGAGAAUAGCAAAAGAAGAAGCUGAUAAAAAGAAGGCCGAAGAAGCUGCCAAGAAGGCGGAGGAGAAGAAGAAGAAAGAUGAGGAGAAGCGGCUGGAAGCAGAGAAGAAGGCAGAGGAGGAGAGGCUGGCAGAGGAGGCCAGGAAGAAGGCAAAGAUUCUACCUGACAUCAGCUGCUCCUGCUUUGACGUCCUCUUUCAUCCCAUUGAGGAAAGGAUGGACGGCGUGCUGGGAUCCACCAUUGAUCCUUUCACAGAUCGUCGGUACAUCGCCUGGUUGUUCGUGGUGGCUGUUGCUUACAACUACAACGUCUGGUUCUGCACGGCCCGGCUGGCGUUCCCAUACCAUAGCGAGAGCAAUAACAAGUACUGGGUGACCUGUGACGUCAUCAGUGACUUGGUCAACAUUAUCGACAUCAUGCUCUGGCAGCCUCGGUUACAGUUUGUAAAAGCUGGAGAUAUUAUUAAAGACAGAGCUAUAACUAAAGUUCACUAUCGGCAAUCACAAAGAUUUAAGGUUGAUUUGUUCUGCAUCUGUCCCUUCGACCUUGCCUGUAUAUACUUUGAUUUCUCCUCCAUAUACAGACUCAACCGCCUCUUAAGGAUUGAUUCUUUCUUUGAGUUCAGUGACCGACUGGAGAGCGUCAUGGCCAAGGCCUACAUAUGGAGAGUCACUCGAACCACAGGUUACCUGCUCUUCAUGCUGCACCUGAACGCCUGUGCGUACUUUGUGGCCUCAGUUCAUCAGGGUCUGAAUACGACCACGUGGGUUUACAGCGGAGAGGGCUCAGCAUACCUGCGCUGUUACUACUACGCAGUCCGAAGUCUCAUCAACAUUGGGGGUCUACCUGAGCCUGUGACUACCUUUGAGAUUACUUUUCAAAUGUUAAACUUCUUCAUCGGUGUCUUCGUGUUCUCCAGUUUGAUUGGACAGAUGAGAGACGUCAUCGGAGCAGCCACAGCAGGUCAGACUUAUUUCAGGGCAUCAAUGGACGGCUGUGUCACCUACAUGCACACCUACAACAUCCCAAAGUAUGUCCAGAACAGAAUCCGCACCUGGUACAACUACACUUGGGCCGCUCAGGGCAUGCUGGAUGAGUCUGAGCUGCUGGAUAAGAUGCCUCUGGUGAUGAAAACUGCCAUUGCUGUGGACAUCAACCUGGCAACCUUCCAGAAGAUCGCCCUGUUUCAGGGCUGUGACCAGCAGAUGUUGGUGGACAUGUUGCUGAGACUCAAAUCCAUCAUCUAUCUACCCGGAGACUUUGUGGUUAAGAAAGGAGACAUUGGUAAAGAGAUGUAUGUCAUAAAGAGCGGAGCGGUGCAGGUGGUGGGAGGACCUGACAACAGCAUCGUGUUUGUCACACUGAAGGCCGGCUGUGUGUUUGGAGAAAUCAGUUUGCUGCAGUCUGCCAAAGACGGAGGGAACAGACGUACAGCUAACGUCAAAGCUCACGGCUUCGCUAACCUCUUCGUCCUGGAGAAGAAGGACCUGUUUGACAUCCUGAUCCACUACCCUGAGUCUCAGAAAGUCCUGGCCAGGAAGGGCAGGAAACUGACCAAAGCCAAAGGCCCUCCAGCAGCUAAAGCGGAGGAGAAGCCUAAAGGUCUGACUCUGUUUGGAAACAAACCUCCGACGCCAAAGAUGCUCAGAGCGUUCGGAAACUUCCGGAAAGGAGCCAUCAUGGACAAGCUGAAGCAAAACGCAGCGGAGCAGAAGUGAGAUCGGACGUGACUCUGCUUGUCUUCAGCUGCAGAGACGAAGAGGAUGGAGUGAUGGGAAAUGUAGUCCAAUGUUCAUACUAUGUACUAAUAUUUUUACGGUGAUUAUUAAAUGAAAUCAUUGUCAAUUGUAAUCCGAUACUGCUCACCCUGUACACUUUAGACACAGCUGGUCUGUUUUAUUAAACCUUAUCAGUGCAAGCAGUCACCUUUGAAGGUACAUGUUGAUCAAAGUUUGUUUAUCAUAAUGUGACUCUUUUUUCAUAAAAAAAAUAAAGUUCAGAUGCUUAAA